UUGCGCUUGGGGCAAUGACGCAGCUAGUGAGGUUAUAACCGAGGCGCGUCAAUUGCUGGUUGAAAACUAUUUCCAAACCCCCUCUUUGGCCUGGGUUCAGCCCAGUGCCAUCGAGAAUUUCUGGAAGGGCUCCCUCUAACCCAGGGUAAAGCCCUACAAUACUGAAACACUAAGCAAUUCACUUUUAUUUGGGGAAUGGUAACUCAAUAAGCUUUUGCAGGAGCGCUAGAUCCCCUGGAUUCUAUGUGAUUAUUAGUUAUUACUGAGUUCUAUGAUUAGGAGGUCCAAAUACCUUAGCCUGAGGGCUCUGAAGCAAAUCCAUGGCUUCAUGGACGUCGAAUCGGAUCUCCAAGCACUGAGAGAACUCUUGCUCUCUUCUGUACGUUCUUUCCAUGGGAAUAUGAACUAUGCUUACAAGCUAUUUGAACAAAUCUCCGAACCAGACCUUUUCAUGUGGAACACCCCUGGAUUCUAUGUGUUUACUAGUUAUUGCUGAGUUCUAUGAUUAGGAGGUCCAAAUACCUUAGCCUGAGGGCUCUGAAGCAAAUCCAUGGCUUCAUGGUCGUUAGAGGAUUCAACUCGGAUCUCCAAGCACUGAGAGAGCUGUUGCUCUCUUCUGUCGGUUCUUUCCAUGGGAAUAUGAACUAUGCUUACAAGCUAUUUGAACAAAUCUCCGAACCAGACCUCUUCAUCUGGAACACCAUGAUUAGGGGUGCUUCUCAUAGCUCCAGACCCCCUGAUGCCAUCUCUCUUUAUAGACGGAUGGUGGAAAGUGGUACGAAGCCUGAUAGCUUCACCCUCCUCUUCCUCCUUAAAGCCUGCACCAAGCUCGCGUCAGCCUUCGCCGGAGCACAGUUCCAUGGAAUGAUUGUGAAACUUGGCUUAGAGUCCGAUGCUUUCUUGAGGAAUGCUCUCAUUAACUUGCAUGCAAAUUGCGGAGAUUUGCUGAUUGCUAGUGCUCUUUUUGAUGGAGCUGCGAAAGGGGACGUUGUUGCUCGAUCUGCUUUAACUGCAGGCUGUGCGAGACGAGGCAAAUUAGGCAUUGCUCGUCGGUUGUUCGAUGAAUCGCCCGGCAGAGAUUUGGUCUCUUGGAACAUAAUAAUAGCUGGAUAUGCGAAGCAGGGUGAAAUGGAGAAGGCCAGAGAGCUGUUUGAUCAGGCACCAGAACGGGAUGUUGUGUCAUGGAACACGAUGAUUGCUGGAUAUGCACGGCAUGGACUUCAUGCACAAGCACUAGAAGCCUAUCAGAAGAUGCUGGAGGCAGGAGAGAGGCCUGAUGAAGCCACAAUUGUGAUCUUGCUAUCUGCCUGUGCGGACUCCGGUGCUCUCGAAAUCGGGCAGAGGAUACAUUGCUCUCUCUCAGAGAUGUGUUCGAGGAGCGGUUUAAGUAUGCCUGUUGGUAAUGCACUGAUAGACAUGUACGCCAAGUGUGGAAGCAUAGACACAGCAAUGGAGGUAUUCAGAGAAAUGAAAGAGAAGGAUGUUUGGACUUGGAACUCGAUCAUCGGGGGGCUAGCUUUUCAUGGGCAGGCAGAAGAAUCCGUAAAUUUAUUCGAGCGUAUGAGGAUGGAGAAAGUGAGGCCAAAUGAGAUUACCUUCCUCGGUGUAUUGGCUGCAUGCAGUCAUGGUGGUUUAGUCAAAGAGGGCCGCAGCUACUUUUCUGUGAUGAAAAAUGAGUACAGAAUCGAGCCUAACAUCAAGCAUUAUGGUUGCAUGGUCGACAUGUUGGGUCGCGCUGGCUUAGUGAAGGAAGCAUUCAUGCUUGUGGACGCUAUGGAGGUUGAGCCAGGUCCGAUCAUAUGGCGGACAUUGCUCGGAGCUUGUCGUCUCCAUGGGAACAUCGAGUUGGGAGAGCAUGCAAAGGAGCAGAUCCUCAAGACGAAACAGGAUGCAAGCGGGGAUUAUGUCUUGCUCUCCAAUAUGUAUGCAUCCACUGGUGAGUGGUAUGGGGUAGAGAAGAUUAGGAAACUGAUGGAUGCAAGAGGAGUUAGGAAGGACGCUGCUUCUACCGUGAUUGAGGCAGAUAGUGAAGAGCCCAUGCGUCUCUUGUUACCUUCUGUGCCUGCUGGAAUUUGAAACACAAGUCUCUGAUUGACAUUUAUAUGGUUCGCAGAAAGAGGAGGAGAAAAAAAAAAGUGAUCUAUGAAAAAA